ACAGCUCAGGGCGCGCAGGCACCCCAGGAGCGAACAGUAGCUUCUUAUUGGUCAGAACAAGACUCGAGCUCCAGUGCGUAACGACGCCCGGUGGACGCGCACAGCUCCUGGCAGAGGACACACUGAGAAACCUCCCGUGGAUUUUUAAGCGAUUGGAUUUACACGAGCGUUUAUCACUGACUUGGUUUUACUUUAUAUGCCAAAGCUGGGGGAACACACUGGAACACAACACACUCCGGCGCGAGGCUUCACAGUUUGCGCCACAAUAAUUGGUUAUCGGAUGGACCAGCAUCCCAGCGCCCGGAGCUGCACCAGUCGCGGGGCUUCGUCCUGCGAGGCCGUCCCGACCGAGCCCUCCAUGAAUCUAUACAUCCACUCCACCACCGGCACACGCUUCGAGCUCUCCCUGCCCCUGGAAGAGACCGUGGACGGACUGAAGAGGAGGCUGUCGCAAAGACUCAAAGUACCGAAAGAGAGACUCGCACUGCUGCACAAAGACACGCGACUAAGUUCAGGAAAACUCCAGGAUCUUGGCAUAUCUGAUGGGAGCAAGUUAACGCUUGUACCAACUGUUGAAGCAGGAUUAAUGUCUCAAGCAUCAAGACCAGAACAGUCAGUAAUGCAAGCCUUGGAGAGCUUAACAGAAACUCAGGUAAGAGUCUGA